CUGACUUUACUAGGCACAAAAACUUGUAUUACUUGUUUGUUCGGGGUUUUUUUUAAGUUGUCUAUAUCGGAAGUAAACAACAGUAAAUAGAUUUUGCGGUUGUCAUUGAGGGUAAAGUGAAGUCAAGUGUGCCUCCAACACCACAAGCUGCAGGAUGAGCCACUAUUUUAUUCAUUUUCAGCCCAUUUUGACGGAAGAUACGGUUCUGAAGAAGGCAAUAAUAGAGGAAAGUCCUCAAGAUGUGGCUGAGCUUAUUGCCAAGAUGAAGGGAAUCAACUUAGAUGAAGUUUCUAAUCUAUGUCUGCAAUACAGAAACAUCCUAAAGAUUGACCAUUUAUGGGAAUGCAAGUCCUUGACCAAGCUUGAAUUGAACAACAACAUCAUAAAGAAGAUUGAGGGUCUGGACUUUUUGAUUAAUCUGACAUGGCUCGAUCUGUCGUUCAACAGCAUUGAGAAAAUUGAGGGUCUGGAGUCUCUGCGGAAGCUCGAAGUGCUGAAUUUGUCCAACAACAAAAUUCCUGUCAUUGAAAACAUGGACACACUUGAGAAACUAACUUUUUUCUGCUUUUCAAACAACCUCGUCGGACAGCUGGACAAUGUGCUCUAUCUCAGGACAUUUAAGAACCUGUUCACCCUCAACCUACUUGGAAAUCCUGUCUCUGAGGAGGGCGAUUACAAACUUUUCAUUGCUGCCUACUUUCCAAACUUGAACUGCCUAGACUACAGAUAUCUCGAUGAGAAGACAAAAAAGGAGGCGUUGAUAAAAUACCACUAUGACCUUGAGAAAAUGAAACGUGAUGGCUUGCAGAUGCAACAAGCUGCAGAGGCUAAGCAAAGACAGGAAGCUGAGCUACAAUUACACCACGAUGCCUUUGUGGAGUUCCUGGAUGGGUCUUAUCUGUUUAAGGACAUGUUCAAAGAUGAUCCAGAGGCAGACAAACUACACUACCUGCCAGAAGUCGUUACUCUGCUUCACACAUUUGAGCACCAAAUGGUGGAGCUGUGUGUGCAGUUAUUUGAAAAUGGCCUGGCUGAGCAUAAGCGAAGAGAAGCAGAGGUGAACUCCUUCUUCAGCGGUCACUCUAAAGCUGUGCCUCACUACCAGCUCAGAGCAUCACAAAUAUUGGCAAAUUUUGAGCAGAAACACAAAGAGAGGAUAGAAGAGUUGCAGCACUUAUCAGAACCAGAACUCCUGAAGGUCAAGGUCACCCAGUGCAAUGAUGAAAUCGACCUACUCUGUAACAACCUUAUGGAGCUGGAUUUUCAGCUGGUCAGCCAGCUGGAGGAUAUCAUCAAAAAGCUUGACACCAACAUCUCAGACAUGGUUGUCAUCUUCAGUGAAACAGCUCAAGGGACAUUUGCCCAAUGUCGAGAUCUGGAAGAUGACUAUAAUGAGAAGGUGCGAGAGAUUGCUGUAGCCACUCUGGAGAAAGUAGCCAAGGACAAGUUGGAGGAGGACCUGCCAGAUGAUGUUAGAAUGCUAUUUACAGACAAAGACACAGUGAUGGACGCACUGGCCACCGGCCAUGAUAACCACCUGCUGAAGAUCAAUGACCGAGAGACUCAGUUGGUUACACGUAUCAAUACCUGGAAAGUGACCCUCAUUAAAGGGAUUCAAGACACAGAACUUAAGCGGAGCCGCAUGCGCAUCUCAGGCAUCCACAGAUAUAUGGACUAUUUGAGGGAGCAGCUGGAAGAGUUGCAGUAGCAUGAUCAAUGAGACAUUUGAGUCCAAAAAAAGAAUGGAAAAGGCACAUUUUCACAUCUUGUGUGAACAACAGAAACACAUUUCAUUGUAUCCAAGUAAUAAUAUUCCUCAAUUUCUUUUGCUAUAUGUACCAUACCCAAUAACAAAUGUCAGAAAUAAUAUGUUCCUGUAUUUCUUGCUGCCUGUGUUGAGAUAAUAAAGAUAUUUUGAUUUAC